AAUCAUGGGUGGACAUGGAAUUUGAACUUGCUGCCGGCUCAUGUCUUCAGUCUUUUCGUGGGCACCAGGGGAAGAAAGAGCACUGACGUCUGCUGCUCGCUGCUGGAGCAUCACAAAAAUUGGCACUUUUUAUGAAGGACUGGAUUUGGAGAAUCAGGAAUAGUCAAGAUUGUCUACUGGGAAAAAUAAAUUUGAGAUGUUGUUGGACGUUAAGCACAUCCUGUGGUUGGUCUGUGUCUGCAGCGCUGUAACCCAUCAUGACUCGGCCCGUAGGUUGAGGGUGGAGAGGAGUCCUCCGGUCCGAGGGUCCCUGGCGGAGCAGGUGGUCUUGCCUUGCCAUUUCUCCAUCCUCCCACCCCCGACUGGCACCUCCAGCGCAUCCACCGCUGCUGCCGCGGCCACGGCCUCCAGCGCCCACCCGGACCAUCUCCGCAUCAAGUGGACUAAACUCGAGGGCGAAGAGGAAACCAUAGUGAUGGUGGCCCAGAAUGGGUUCAUCAAGAUCGGCCAGGCGUUUAAAGACAGGGUAUCGGUUCCCAGCCACCCCGAGAGCGAGGGCGACGCGUCUCUGACCAUAACGAGGCUCAGGGCCAGUGAUGCGGGCGUCUACCGCUGCGAGGUCAUGCACGGCAUUGAAGACACUCAAGAUUCAGUCUCCCUGGAUGUCAGUGGUGUUGUGUUUCAUUACCGUGCCAACAGUAGUCGCUACAGUUUAGAUUUCGAGCACGCCAAGCAGGUCUGCAUUGAUGUGGACGCGACCAUCGCCACCGCUGAGCAGCUGUAUUCGGCCUACGAGGACGGAUUUGACCAGUGCGAUGCUGGAUGGCUGGCAGACCAAACCGUCAGAUACCCGAUAACAAAGCCACGGGAAGGUUGCCAUGGUGAUAUGAUACUAAAGCCAGGAGUCAGAACAUACGGACUCAGAAAUUCCUCCGAAAUGUAUGAUGUGUACUGCUAUGUAGGAAAACUUCAGGGUGAGGUGUUCUUCCCUGCUACGGAUGUUAAGAUGACUCUUGAUGAGGCCAGGGCGGCGUGCGAAAGACAGGACGCCGUUUUAGCAUCUCCAGGUCACCUGCAUGCAGCCUGGAGGGACGGCAUGGACCGCUGCGACUUCAGCUGGCUGUCUGACGGCAGCGCCCGCUACCCCAUCUCUGUACCCAGAAUUCAGUGCGGCAAAGGACAGCUGGGUGUGAGGACUAUGUACCGUUACCUCAACCAGACAGGAUUUCCUUUACCGAGCGAGAAACUGGGAGCUUUCUGUUUCAAAGGAUGGGAUCCCACAACUGUACCCACAGCUGGACCCACAAUAUCACCAAUUCUCUCGGAGAGCCUUCAAAUCUCUUCCAUUAAAGCAAUGCCUUCUACAACAGCCCAUGGCACCACAGAAGAGCCACCAUCCAUGUUUUCUGCAAGCAUGGCUCCACGCGAAAGAGCCACUCCUGAAGCAUAUCCUUAUGCUAAAUCCACAGUUGUUGUACCAACCGAAGCCCAGGCAAUUUCAGAUAUGGUAACCCCGACCACAUUUAGUGACUAUGAAGACAAGGAAACCUUCAGGUUGCAAGGGCCACCCCCUGGGGCUCCUUCUCAGCCAUUCUCAGUCCCCACCCCAACUGAAAUGUCCGAUUAUUCAGAUUCCUUAUUCUCUAUCCAGCUACCCCGUCAGCCCACCGCAGGGAUCAAACAUCCUGUGUUGGAUACUCCGCAUGGAGAAUACAGUGGUGCUGAGGGUAGCAGCAGCGGCGACACGGAUACUUCUGAGAGUGUGAUUCCUACUUUGCCUGUGUUUGUUACGACCUUCAAAGGAGAUCCAGACAAGCCAAAAAUUGUGUACAAAGAGAACGAAACCACAGCAAACACGACUACAGAAGGUUCGGUCAUUGCUGAGUCCACCAUGAUAACCCCACGUUUAAGUGAAAAGGUUGUGCACAGCCAACAGAUUGAUUCCAUGAAGGACCUCGGCUUUCCACGAGACAUCAAUAUGCUUUUUGUCAACAUUCAGGACCAAAAUCAGUCAGUUGAUUCUGUUCUGAAAUUCCUUGGGCAGACCACUAAAACCCUAACGUCUGGUGAAAGUGAGACACCUUUAGGCAGUGGAGACCUUGAAAUAUAUCCCUCAGCUUCUGUUACCAUCACCCCAGAACUGAGUUUCAUUAACGGAAAGCACGAGUUGACUCUGAAACCAGACACUGACCAGACUCAGGAGGCUAGAGGAGACCAUUUUGACACUGCAAUCCCACCAAGAGAAGAAACCAUCCCUGAUGACGAGAUGGUAAUAUUGACGGAGGAGGCUGAAGGCUUCACAUCUUCCCCUGAGACAAAUGAAUCUGGCUCAACGACAAGAAGCCCAAUUGAGCCCCAUUUCACAACAAAGAGCUCAGAAAGUAUAACCACGACAGAGUUUCCAACAUUUGCAACUAAAUCUCCAAGCCAGGAGAUGACUUCACAAGCCAUAUCAUUUAGCAUGCCGAAGUAUGAAGAAGGUUCUGGGAUGCGCCCAACAGAUGAUGAAGAGGAACCGACACCAUUGGAAGGUUCUGCGGAUGACAUGCUUUCAACAACGGCAUCUACUGACCCAGAUGUGGUGGCUACUGACGAGGCUGAAACACAGAAGUCUACACAGGCAUUUGGGGUGGAUUGCUCCACCAAAGGACCAUUUGUUACAACUCCAGAAUCCAGCACUCUAGAAAGAAAAACAAAGCCAGAAAAUGAAGAUUUUGAGGGCUCCACCUCCGCUGAAGAUGAAGGCUCGGGACAAGAUAUAGAUCCAACAGAAGAACCAAAACAACCAACUUUAUCUCCAUCUUUCACUGUUACAUCCCACAGCUCUACAAGUUCCUCAACAAGUACUCAUCCAAAAGAGCCAAGGCAAUCUGUUAGUUUGGCUUUGCCCAGUACAGAGCCUACGAUUCAGGUGGUUUCAACUCCUCAAACAGGGGCAAUCCUAGAGGAAAAUACUCCUCAUAUUAAACACACUGAGAAAGACCAAAACCAAAGUACAACUGAGAGUCCUUUGUUGGUCCCUGAGAUUGACAAAGGUGUAAGCGCAAUCUUCAUCAUCUCUGAGGACAUCAGCUCUGGUGAUCAGCCAACUGAAUCAUUCUCAACACAACCUUUCACUGCAACUAUUGUUCCAUCCCUUCUCAUUCAACAAACUGAAGAAAUAAGUGCUGGUACGCAUGAUGAAUCAACUAAAGUAUUUGAAGGUUCUGCAGAAGACACAACACCAUUGAUUUUUACUAGUGUCCAGACUCGAACAAAAUUCACAACCCAGAGUUCAGAGACCACCAUUCUGCCCACUGAUGGUCUUAGAGCAGUAAUGUCUUCCUCCCAAGAAACUGUUCUAAUCCAAAACACAUCUUCAGAAGACACAACCACCCCAGUGCAGUCAUCAGAGACUUCAGAGGAGACAACACAAGAAAUAUCACAUUCUACAUUUGGAUUCUCAACAGAGAAGCCUCUCACUUCAUCAUCUCCAGUUUCUAGUCGUCCAUCCUCCAGUGUUCCUACAGAUUUAAAUGUGCAAGAGCCAGUUCAGGUCUCAGAUAGAGUCACUACUUCUGCUACAGAAGACAUUCUGACCACCUCCAAAGCCACAAGUACUGUGGAAUUUGAAGUGAAUGCCAUAGAUUAUGAAGAUGUGACACGUCCCUCAAUUGUUGAAGGACAACCACCACCCAGGGAAGAGUUCACCACAAGAAAACCAGAGGUCUGGACGGAAUCCAGCUACACUGUUGAGAGUGAUAUGGUGAAUUUGCAAGAUCUCACACUUUGCUCCGUCAGUGUGUGUGAAAAUGGUGGAACAUGCUAUUCUAAUGGAAAAGGAAACAUUUGUUUCUGCAUGCCUGGAUUCAGUGGGGAACAUUGUGAAAAUGAAAUUGACGAAUGCCAGUCGAACCCUUGCCGCAAUGGAGCUACAUGCAUUGACGGGUUAAACUCUUUCAGUUGUGUUUGUCUUCCCAGCUAUUCAGGAUCCCUCUGUGAGCAAGAUACAGAGGUUUGUGACUUUGGCUGGCACAAGUUUCAGAGCCACUGCUAUAAGUACUUCACAUACCGAAGGACAUGGGAAGCAGCGGAAAAAGAGUGUCGUCUGCAGGGUGGUCACCUCACCAGCGUCCUGUCCCACGAGGAGCAGCUCUUUGUAAAUCGUUUGGGCCAUGACUAUCAGUGGAUCGGGCUGAAUGAUAAAAUGUUUGACAAUGAUUUCCGCUGGACUGAUGGACACCCUAUGCAAUUUGAGAAGUGGAGAGAGGGUCAGCCGGACAGUUUCUUCUCCACAGGCGAGGACUGUGUGGUGAUGAUCUGGCAUGAGAACGGCCAGUGGAAUGAUGUGCCGUGCAAUUACCACCUGACCUUCACCUGCAAGAAGGGCACAGUGUCCUGUGGUCAGCCCCCUGUCAUAAAAGACGCCCAUAUCUAUGGCAGCAUGAAGCCACGCUAUGAGAUCAACUCUCUAGUUAGGUAUCACUGCAAGGACGGCUUCAUCCAAAGACACGUUCCUACUAUCAGAUGCCGAGAAGAUGGCCACUGGGACAAGCCCAAAAUCACAUGCUUGAAUCCAUCCACCUACCAGAAGACGUAUGCACACAAAUAUCAAAACAAUAACUAUUACAACAACAGUAAGAGACGCUACAGUGAGUCGCAGUACCGUCUUCGCUGGUCAAAAACAACUGAUGACUCCGUACACUGAUCUCCAUCCUGAUCUACAGAUGCUUCGCAUCCACAGAGAAGGUCAUCAUUCUAAAGGGGCGAAACCAAACUAUGUGCCUGAUGAAUGUUUUAGAGCCGAAGUGAAUUACCCUGAGGGACUGCAAAAAACACCAUCACCCACCCACUGAGAGUGUACUUUAUCUUUGACUAUGCAAUAGUGUACAUCGCAUAUUGUAAUAAUGUCUUAAUGUUUUGACAUGGGGAGGGGGGUCUCUGGUUGAAAUGUAUAUAGUAGAGAUAAUGAACAAGUAAACAGCUGUGAAUGGUGACUGUUAUUUUUUAUUUUUUUCAAUCCGUAAAUUUUGCUUACGAAGAACUGGAUUUCCUGUUCUCUCUGGCUCAAUAAAAGAGCACUAUGGUACGAGCAGAGCAUAAACAGAACAAUUACAGUACGAAGAGUAAAAGAACAAUAGGCAUUAUAUUGUUUCACAUUGUGGUGAGGGGGGUUCAAAAGGGAUGUCACGGGGCUGGAGGACAAACAAUGCUGAAAGGACUGCAACUCAUGACUGGAAAACAAAUCUUCAUCGACAUCAUCUUCGGCAGCAUCCUUUCUAGUUGUGAGGAUUACUCUGAUAACACCAAACUAUUGUACACUCUCAUAAUCAUAUUCUCAUAUGGCAUCAAAAUAUAUAUUUUAGGCGUUUUUUUUAUAUGUGGGUUUGUAAUAUAACCAUUUUUACUUUUUUAAAUGAAUGUCAUGGUAAAAUAUGAAAAUAUGAAUACUGUAUGUGUGGUUGAAUGAACUAGCAUUUUUGUCAAACAUUAUUACAAAUGUUACAUGAAGCCAUAGAAGUUUAAUUUAUUGCUGAAGAUACAUAUAACAAUGAAUGAACUGUGAGAUUUUGAAUAAUAAAGCGCUAUUAGUAUAUUAUGAA